AUGGCGGAUUGCCCGGAUCUUUUCGAGGUCCAGAAAGUCCUUUCAAGACGGACAAGAAAAGGCCAUGUUCAGUAUUUGAUCAGAUGGAAAGGUUACGGAAGUGAAAAUGAUACUUGGGAGCCUCAGGGAGGUUUGGUUGCUUGUCGGAUAUUUGUCAACCUUUAUAACAAAAGGCAUGGCUAUCCCUUAAUGGGAGCCCAUGGAGAAACCAUUCGGCCAAAGAAAAAACCCAAUUCAUCAAAAGUUGCUGCCAGGGCACGACUCAAUAAAGCAAAGGGGAAGAAGCCCAGUCCACAUCGAAAGGUAGUUGCCAAAAAGCACACCAAAUUAAAGGCCUAUCCUGUACGAAGUCGGGAGAACUCCUUGUCAGAAUCUGUAAAUGAAACUAACAACCUUACAAAGAAAGGUUUAGAUUUAGAAAGAGAAAUCAAACCAAAGUCGAAACUGAAAGAAGUAAAGAACAAAAUAGAUGCGAAAAAGGUUGUCAAGCAAAGAAAAAAAUCUGAUGUUUCCAGUCUUAGUGGUGAGAAGCCGAAAGGCCUGAAAACAUCGAAGUCCACUAAGGUGAAUGUCAAAGACACUGAUGUUAUUAAGGUCAAGGUCCAUAAAACUUCUAAGCAGCCAAAAGUCAAGGCUGUAGAUUCUGCCAAGAAUAAAACUGACAGUAACAAAAAAUCAAAAACUAAUCUUGAUAAAACAAAGGCUGCUGAUGCAGUCGAUAGAAUCAUAACUAAGGGGAAGAUCAAGGGUAAAGUUGCAAAACUUCCGAAGGUCAGAGUCAGUAGUUCAGCUGAUGAAUCUUCAGACUUUGAUGGUGAAAGUGAGGAUGAAGACUACAUUCGUUAUAUGCUGGCACCGGCUUUACUGAAAAAAUUGGAAACAGUUGACCGUGAAUUAGACUCAAAACAAGCAGCUUUGUGCCCAGGUGGGUUCAGUGGACCAAAAAGGAAGAAAAUCAAGGCCAAAUGUGAUAAUAAAACACUGAAAAUUCUAAAUAAAUAUAAAAACUUUUCACAAGAAACUGUUUGCAACAAGAAGAAAUCAAACUGCAGUGGAAAAUGUAAAAAACACGGAAAAGUUGUCAGGAAAGGAAAUGUGGUUCGACGGGGGAGUGAUUGUUCUAGUCGUAGUAAAAUCUCCCCUAAAGCCGCUGGUAAACUACUGCCAAUGAAGCCCCUGCAUGUUAAGACAGAAUCUGCACAACCUGUCUCAUUGCCAAAAGCUCCAAAGAUGCAAACGGAUUCGAAACUACAAAUGCCAGGUGUUCUGGACUUUGCUACAAUUUACAAAACUCCACCAACGUCGCCUCAUCUUGCCCGUUCCUCCUCUAACACUCCAUCCAGGCCCAGCACCCCUGUACAUAACGGAUACUUCGCAGACCUUCCAACAAUGCCUUUGGUUCCAACUCUUCCAAGCAGUCCGUCAACAGACUCCUAUCUCUCACUAAUAACAGACUUGCCACAAAAAUUGCAAGCGACAAAACUUUUUCGGCGAGUUGGCAGUCAGGCUGAGGAUGAGGCGGAGGUGAAGAGGCGAGUCAGUGUCCGCCAGAGCGAAAGUGCAUUUAAAUAUCGGGAUAUAGUUGUCAAGAGGUGUGCGCAUUAUACACAGAUUUGGCUGUUCACUAAUACCAAAUUCAGGAACGCGCUGAACCCACAUGUCUUUCAGGAAUUGAUCUCUGCAUUUCAUAAUGCCAAGCAUGAUGAUAGUCGUCUUGUAUUACUCAGCGGUACAGGAAGGAUAUUCUGCUCAGGGAUUGACUUGUUCUACUUAUCAUCAGAGGAUACUAAAUCUGCAGUGAACAAAAUGAUAGCUUCUCUGAGGGAAUUCAUCAAGACAUUGAUAUCAUUCCCAAAGCCAAUCGUGGCUGCAGUGAACGGUCCAGCUGUCGGUCUUGGUGCUGCUAUUCUGCCUCUGUGUGACAUAGUCUACGCAAGCGACAAGGCAGAGUUCUACAUGCCUUAUACUCGACUAGCGCAGACCCCUGAAGGAUGUGCCUCUUUAAUGUUUCCUAAUGUGAUGGGAUUGCCAUUGGCAAAUGAGAUGCUUCUAGGUGGAAGGAAGCUGACUGCGAUAGAAGCAUAUCAGAACAACCUGGUGUCUCAGGUUUACUGGCCUACGAGUAUGAUGCAGGAAGUUAUUCCAAAGGUGGAAUCUAUGGCCAGUCAGUCUGCCAAGGCUCUGGAGGCCACCAAACUGAUGGUUAGAAGUCACUUGAAAGCUAAGAUGGACUACACUAAUGAAUCGGAAUGCAAUAUGUUGUACGAGUCUUGGUUAUCGACAGACUUCCAACGGGCAAUCAAGAAGUAUUUAGAAGAAGAGGAGGAGUUGUUACAUUGAUGACAGCUUAUUGUAAAGAAUACCUGUACAGGGUUUUCCAUGAAUUAUCAUGUAAAGCAAUCAGUUUUAGAGUUGAUCUACUUCUUGGUGUAAUUAUUGAAUGACCUGUUUGUAAGGCAAAAAAGCCUGGGUGUUGUACAUGCUGUAUUGUAUUCAGCAGUCCCAACUUUUCUACAAUUUUCCACAGGUUUGCGAUUGAAAUACAAAAGAAGAUUUAAAAAGAAGGAAUGGUGUUCUUCAUCUGAAAUACUUUUAGUAAACUUGGGGGAAAUUUUCAGCAUGAUUGUGUGAAUCGGGGCACAUUUGACCCAAAAGGUAGCUAAUUUGAUUCUAUGCAGUUUUAAGACAAUUUGACUUGUAAUAUAUCACUAUCAGAAGAAAAAUGAAGUAAAGGUAUCCCAUCCCAUUCAACAAUUUAGACAGCCUUGAGAAAUUUCCUGAGUGCAUCUACUUUAACUUAGUUUAAGUUAAGGAGCAUGGUCCUAGACAGCAUCUCAGUUAGCAGUAGCAUUGUACGAUGAUGGUCCUCCAAAAUUUAUUGGGUCAGCUAUGAAUAAUUGUGGGACGGCUGUGAAUAAUUAAAAUAUGAGAACAGUUCUUGAAGAUGCAGGUUUUGUCUGUUUUUUUGUCCUUCUAAUGUGUGGUGUCCAUUAUGCGAUCAGUGCUUGCGGUCUCGUUGCAGUUGUCCUCCUUCUCUGGUAACCAUUGUUCAAAUGGGGUGUACGUGUAUUUGUGUUUCGUCAGUAGCAUCCUACACAUGAUGCCAUUGAUGCUGUCGAGCUGUUGAACUUAGUCAUCAUGGCCAUGAAUAGGGCUGACCACGACCCUGUCAUCAGAUCACCAAAUCACAGGGUUGAAUUUCUGGGGGCUAUCACUCCCAACAUGUUACCUCUUUUAUCAGAUCAUAUGUGCCAAGAACUUGUAUUGUGGUUCAAAUUUGUGAAAUAAUUCCUGGCUACAUUCCUAUGAUACUGAGAAUUUUACCAAAGUUUGUCGGUUUUGACAAUGCUUUUUGGAUGGGGAUGCCUAACAAAUGAUUUGAGAAAAUGAUUAUAAAUACAACAUUUUUCUGAUGUAGACAGUGACCUUUAAGUAAGUAUGAUGAAUGUUUAAUUGGCUGCUCCAUAUAGAUAUACAAGUUUGUUCAGAUCAAGAUGAUGUCUUUGCCUUUUGUGGAAAACUAUUUGCUAAUAUUUAGUCCAAGGAAUGAUAGACACAGUAUGUAUUGUAAUCUUGAUGGCUGAUUUUAUGGUGAACUCUGGUAUACAGUUACCAGUGACAGUAGACAUUAGGUUAUCCGGGUAAGAGUAUUUAAACUAGUCUGUGUUGUCUUAUAUCAUUAUUAGUCGUAAGUGUGACUGUGUUAAUUUCUUCCAUACUAAUUAAUAUUCUGUAAAAAUAGAAAGUACGUAUUUAGGAAGAUUACUAGAUGCAGUUGAACUGAAAGCAUGUUGAUAUUUCUUUGACAAUAUUUGGGAGUUAUGGCAUGGUUUUUGCAUUAUGUUGAUUUCAUGUUAAUGGGAUUACGUUGUGAUAAACUGAUUAAACCUCUGAAUAUAAUAAUGUAUUCUUUGGGAAGUUAACCGAAAUAAGUGUAUGUACUUUAAUGGGUGGUAUAUUGUUGUACUGUUAGCUGUUGACCACACUCUUGACACUGCAGGUAAAUGGCUCGUCUUGUUCUCAUUGAGAUUGUUGCUUAGAAUGAUUCUCCAUUGUGCCCUCAUAAAAUUCAUCAUCCUCAUUCAUACGUUGUGGUCUGCAAGUGCAAGUCUAAUCAUCUCAUUCAAGAAUGUGAUAAAUGACUUGUAAAAUUGGUUUGGAACUACACCCCACUCGAUCCUGACCUCAUACGUGUAUGUCUCACUUGGUCACGUCCACUAUUAGAUGUUGUAAAAACUACUGAACUAUUCCCUGGACAACACAUGUUUGAGAAUUAUAGUCAUGCCACUAGGAUUAGGAAAUUGUCUAGUUAAAGUGAACUGAAACCGCCAAGCCAGUUCGUAUGACCUCGUUUUCAUUUCCCGCGUAUCGGGUGAUCAGAACGAGGCAUGAAUGAAACAUGGCGCCUAGCUGUCAAUCAUUGAGUGACGUCACUACUAUGGAAUUUACUACGAAAACUCAUGAAUGAAAGAUCGCAUGACUCACAUGAUUCUCACAUGAUUCUCAAUAAUAACAAAUUGAACUGCGCAUGCUCGGGCACUGGGGGCGGAGCUACAAAUCUGAACUCGAAUAGGAAGUUGGAAGUUUGACUUUCUCGGGCGGUGAAAGUCGAAAAGUUGAAUAAAUCGCUCGGCGGUUCCAGUUCCCUUUAAGUGCAUGGAGAACUUGAGCUGGCAAAAUUUGUCUUGGGAUGGAUUGGGUUAUGCUAUUACAGUUCGUUUUGUAAUCUCAUCUUUAUUUGUAAGGGCUGAAUGGACGGAUGAUGUUUUGAUGGUAUUGCAUGGUAUUGCAUUGCUCAAGUAUUGUUAUGUUUGGCCAAUAUGCAUAUUUAAUGGUAAUUUUGUCGGGGAAAUUAUGUGCAGUGAUUUCGCAUAGUGUAGUAGAAAUGUAAAGAAAUUCCUUGCAAGGUUUUGAAAGACAUUAGUUGCUUCUGUUACAUUUCAUUACCAGUACCGUGCUUGAUUUUGAGAGAAAAAACUGCUGAACAUUUUUGGUAUCUUUAUUUGUCUUCAGAUAUGGCUUCUUGACUCUCUCAAUGGUUAUUCAAUAUUGGCAUUUUCAGUUCUUUUGUCUGAUUGCUUAUGAUCUGUCCAUCAAGUGUGCUACGUAUAUCAUGAAUAUUUUUUAAUUGGGGGGAGGGCAAUCUAAACAAAUGCAGUAAAAGAGAAUCUGUUCUAUUAUUGUUUUGGCCAGCAUGAAUUUAGAAAUUACUGAGUGCAGCGUUCAGGUGCGGCAGGAAAGAAUAUUUAUUAUAAAAUGCAGCAGAAUAGAAUUUUAAUCAUCAAAUGUGUACGAUUUUACCACUCUGCAUGUAGGCAACUGCACACACUGUGAACUUCCAAUAUUUUGAUAUUCUUCAACGUGUGAAAUGUCAGAGGUAAAGAUUGGUCGUAUAUGGCUGUAUAUUUGAAUUAAAAACUAAAGUAUUAUAAAAUCUUAACUUAUUGGUAAUUGUUUUAAGCCAUGUAAUGUUGUCCAUUUCUACCAUUGUACUACGCAGAAGGCCAGGUUUUAAGAGGAUUCAUAUUUUGACAAGUGUUGUGUCACUAACCAUUUAUUAUUCAAGACAUGAUGGGCGAACAAGUCAUUUCCAACGAGUGGGGUACAUACGAUUCACAGUGUCACGAUUCACCCUCGGGUCAUGUCAUGUCUUCAAGUCACUGUACAGUGCGAAUCCUAUAUUAACCCAGCCUAAUAUUGCACUCAUGUUAACGUAAAGUCUUUAGCCGUUUUACAGACUACUUCACACCAAUCAUCGAUAUCCUGUAACUUCUCCGUUUCCACAGUUGAAGUUUCUGGUACAAGCAGUAAUCUUUUAACAUUAAUGUGAGGAUGAAAUGUAAACUUGUAUACUUAAAAAAUAAAUUAUUACAUAAAGAUUA